CCGACAACGUCAUUACGUCACUCUGCAUCCGAACCUAGACCAGUCGCAGCCAUUUUAGUCCGCGAAAUAAACUUCAAUCUCAGAGCUAGACGAAUAAAAAACUGAAUACUUAGCAUAAUUCCGUUGACGCAAUUUGGAUACCUCGUUGCGGACCACGGCUCGGAUGGAUUCGCUUUUGAAGUCGUCACAUUUGGAUUCGACUCAAUGGCUUAGUGUGACUCUUCACAGCAACUAGCCAAGACUUCUUUCUCCGUCCCUUGUCUGCUGCUUCCUCAGGUAGCAGGGAGACAUUACACACAGGGACGGUGACCCGUUGGUUGCUUGCCUCAGAGCCUCCCCAACCCCCUUCUGAGGCAGGAUGGAGCCCCAGGCUUCCCAGAGGCAGUUAGGAGCAGAGGGGGAUUGUGAGAUGUCAAAUCUACUGGUGCCCAGUCCCCAGAGCGAGGCUGUGACCCAUGAGAUGGAGGAGCUGUCGCUGCAGCCCACACAGAGCCUGCCUCCGCUCAGUGAACGCAAAAAUGUGCUGCAGCUGAGACUCCAGCAGAGGCGAACCCGGGAGCAGCUGGUGGAGCAGGGCAUUAUGCCACCUUUGAAGAGUCCGGCAGCUUUCCACGGGCAGAUUCGCAGCUUGGAGAGAGCCCGGACUGAGAAUUUUCUCAAACAUAAGAUCCGCAGUCGUCCAGAAAGAGCAGAGCUGGUCAGGAUGCACAUCCUGCAAGAGACCGGAGCAGAACCUUCACUACAGGCCACUCAGAUGAAGCUGAAGAGAGCCCGACUAGCAGACAACCUCAACGAGAAGAUCGCCCAGCGACCGGGCCCAAUGGAGCUGGUGGAGAAAAACAUUUUGCCGGUGGAUUCCAGCGUUAAACAAGCCAUCAUCGUGGGCCAGGUGAAUUAUCCCAAGGUUCUUGAGGAAGACAGCAACGAUGCUUUGUCCCCGGAGCAACCGGCCAGCCAGGAGUCCCAGAGCUCUGUGCCCUCACCGGUGGAGAGCAGAGGACCCGAGACGCCCUCUCCAGUAGCACUGCCCAGCACCAUCCUGCAGCCCCUCCCAACAACAGACUUCAUGAAAGUAAUCGCCACCAAUGAGCCGCCUGCCAGCCACCCAGCUGUCACCCUCACUCAUCCAGUCGCUACAGUUGUACCUCCAAAACCAGGCCCAACACUGGUGAAACAAAGUCAGCAGAAAGCUCCCUCAGAGAAGAGUCGCAGUAAGAAGGGCAAGGAGCCGAAGCCGAGGGUGAAAAAGCUCAAGUACCACCAGUAUGUUCCCCCAGACCAGAAGCAGGAGGCCAGCGAAGCACCUAUGGACUCCUCAUACGCCCGCUUACUGCAGCAACAGCAGCUGUUUCUCCAGCUGCAGAUCCUCAGCCAGCAGCAGCAGCAUUACAACUACCAAACUAUAUUACCAGCACCACUCAAACCUGUGGCAGAGGGUCAGAAUAACGGUGGGAGCACACUGCCAACUUCUAUUGUGGUGUCUUUGCCCACUGCACCUCCCCCUGCUGCUCUGCCUUCAGCAUCGGCCCGGCAAAACAACUCACUGUCCAACCGCAAACCCGGUGUCCUGCCUGCCAACCUGGAGGAGAUGAAGGUGGCCGAGCUGAAACUAGAGCUGAAGCUUCGUGGCCUCCCAGUGUCGGGAACAAAGACAGAUCUGAUAGAAAGACUGAAGCCUUUCCAGGACAAUCCCAGCACCACUGCUGCCAGCAUUCCCACUCCUGCCACUACUACCCUAUCUGCCAUCCCCAUGGAGGUUACCACAACUACCACGCCUGGUGUAGUCCCAGUCCAGCAGGUGGCUCCAGAGAGCAUGAGCUCUACACCGCCUGUCUCACCUGUUCCUUUUGAUCUCUCCACCCUCCAGCAGGAUGUAGGUAUGUCUGAGGGUCCGUCUGAAAUUCAAAUGCUGACCUCGGUAGGGCAACAGUCCUCACCGUCUUUCAAAGUCCCAGAGGAAAAGGACAGAAGGCUCCACGAGAAGGAGCGGCAGAUAGAAGAGCUGAUGAGGAAGCUGGAGCAGGAGCAGAAGCUGGUGGAGGAGCUGAAGAUGCAACUGGAAGUGGAGAAGAGAGGUCAGGGUGACUCUGCCUCUAUGUCCCCAAAGAUCGCUCCGGGAGCUGCUGUGAACUCUGUUCCUCCUGUCCUCAACUCUAACCUGGUGAAAGUCGAAGGUGCAGUCCCGUCAAACUGUUCAUCGACCGCUGCUGCCAUCCCAAGCUCAAUCCUGGGUUCACAGGCACUCUCAGCACCCGUGCCAGGAGUGGUGAAGUUGGAGGAUGUGACUGUUUCUUCUGGCAAGCCGCUGCAGACCCAAACCAAGCUCAUCACACAAAUCCAGGCCUCAGGUCAGCCUCAAAUAACCAGCAGCCCACAGCUCCUCUCGCAGUCCCAGAAAAGUCCCAAACUCCAGGCCCAGCCACAGUCCCAGCCCGCACCCCCCAGUCUGCAGCAGUUCUUCAUCAGCCACUCGGGUGGUGUUUCCCAGGUGUUGGGUCAGCCUCAGACUUUGUUGACAGCAACUGGCCAAGCUGGAACCCAGAUCCUCCUUCCAGUCUCACUGCCCAACAGCGCUACUGCAAUCCAGCUGCCAAGCACCACCGUCAGCCUGCAGCCUGUUCUCCAGGCCACAGUCUCAAACCCAGGCCUGGUCCAUUCCUCAGUCCCUCAGCUGCAGACCACCAAGAUGGAGAUGGCGCCCAGCCAGCAGCCGCUGCUACAAACUCUGACUAUGUGCAAUAACACUGCUGGCUUGGAGAACCAGAGUAGACCUGAGAUGAAUCCCCAGUGCUUUCUGAGAAGCUCCCCAGAGAAUAAGCUCUCUCCACGAGCAUCACCCAACCAUCAAAUCUCCAACGGGCCCCUCAAUAAGCCUUCUUCUCCUCAGCCCACCUUCAUCCUCCAGCCCACCUCCCUGGUUCCCCAGCCUCCUAAGACCAGAGAGCCUCCCCGCUAUGAGGAGGCCAUCAAACAGAGCCGCAGUCUUCACAUCAACAACGUUUCACAGGUUCCCACAGCAACCAGCCAGCAAAUGGACGACCUGUUUGACAUCCUUAUAGAGAGCGGAGAAAUCACUCCAUUUAUCCAGCAGAACUCGCCGGUGUCUCACCCCAAGACUCUCCCUGUCACAGCCAGCAUCACCACCCUUCCAGUCAACACCGUCCUAUCCAGACCGCCGCCGCAGGUCCAGGUAGCCCCUCCUCCCACACUUGUGAACCCGUGCUUGCCCGGUCUCUCGUCCCUGGCCACAGACAAUCAGCUGGAAGCCUUUCUAGAGGGGACGCUGGCCGAGACGCCGUCUGCGUCAGACCCUCGCACGCAGGGCCUGAUGGCGGAGCUGCAGGCCCAGCUCAUGGAGCAGCAGCCCUUCUCACCCAUGGACACAUCAGAGCUGUCUUUCUGCGAUUCCUCCUCGCCCCCGUCCUCACUCAACAUGGGCCUGUCAGACCCGGCCCUGGACAACAUGGAGUGGCUGGACCUCACCAUGCCACCGGCUCCUGGCGGCAUGCUUACACCACUGGGGAUCCCAGCGGACUUCCUGGAUACACAUGACCUGCACUGGGACUGAUGGAGGCUUGGAUGAUGAAGAUGGAGAAGUGUGAAAGAUGGAUGGAUGGAUGAAGGGAAGGCUGCAGAGAUCUUAAAUAAAAAAAGAAUAGUAAUAAUAAUACAUAAAAGGAGAAAACAUGGCCUUUAAGUGCCAUACCACUCUUACCAGUACAUCCAUACCAUCUGUAAUAUUCCCACUACUCUAGAGGAAGAGAGGCUGAUCCAAGCAGAACUACAAGCAGGAGUUUGCACAGCUAUAGGAGAGAGUCCUGUAACGGCUCAGCGGCCAGGAAAGCGUCCGCCGCAAGGUGACUGCGGUCACGCUGCGCUGCAAUAAAGGGAUUUUUAAUCAGAAUAGACUUUUUAGUAUCUGAUGUCAUGAUUUUAGCAAUCAUAAACAGAGCCAAGGAGACAGAGCCAAAUGCUGAAUGGAAGAACAGACUGUUUGUAAAUAGUUUAAACCACACUAAGAAAACUGAGCUGAGGGGAUCAUUUCUAGUAGAGGUAGAGGAAACUGCAUCUGUUUUACUCAUCGUGAUAGAUCAACGUGUCAGACAGUUCCUGAAGGUCUGAUAUGAAUUACACUCGUGAAUGCUGUCACAUGCUAGGUUAGAAAAGCUGGUGAUUACAACAUGACUGGAGGCUCAGACUAAAGUAAAAGGAGACUUGAUUCUCUAUAACGACGCACCCGAUGCUAAGCCUGGGGUUAUACACUCAGCUAGCUGCCAGACUGAGGAGUGAAGGAAUGUCUGAUUGAAGUCGAGCCUCUGUUCACACUGCUCCGUGAUUUGUUUGUAACAGAUGUGACUGUUUUCUCCUGACCUAUCGAUGACUCCCAUCAGUCAAGCUGAUCAACCAAUGACUCUAAAGAACAACACGACGAGAGGAGGAGGCGGUGGCUCCUCCCAUCGACGUGAGAGCUAUGCACUAAAGAGGCGCACAAAUCUGACGACGCGCCUCGCUGACCUCAGAACAAGGAAAUGUGAACACUGCAUAUCCAAGGCGAUCGUCACGACCGUGACAUAAGAUCACGUUGCCACUGGCUGCGCAGAUACUGCAGUUGUCCAAGUCGCAUAUUUUGAAUGUACUUUUAAAAAUAUCAAAAAGUGGGACUUAACUCUAAAAAAAAGUUGGCAGCUUUUUUUUUUUCCUUCUUCUUCUGAUUAGCAAAACAGGAAAGGGAACAAGUAUCAAUUUGCAGACACACAUCUGUAAUAGGUGUGCUGCCAGUUAUCGGAAGAUGUCUUUGAGCUUUAAAUCUGGGUGUCCCGCAGUAUGCCUGCACUUUGUGUGUGUGAGACAGGAGAGGAAAUUGUUCUAGUUUUUAAAAAAGAGAUGGGUUGCUUUGGUUCACAAGCCUUUUCAAUACGGGAUCGACUGCUGAUUGGAGGAAUCCGAACACUCUAAAGUAAUAUUCAGCUAUUUUAAGAAGAGGCGAUACAUCAGCUGCUGUGGCUUGUAGACAAAGUCAGUUUCCAGGCAGUGUGUGAGAGAAGCAUGCCUGUGUGUGUGUGUGUGUGUGUGUGUUUGUUUGUCUUUGUCUUUCCGUCUCUUGCAUGUUACAGCCGUGUCACCGUGUGCAUGAUCGUACUCGCGUUUGGCCUCUGGCUGCUUCAAACUCGGCUGCCGCCCUGAAGUUGUCUAAAGGAAUUUGCAAAACCUCUCCCAACUCCAAUCAUUUGCAACCUGCUUUGCAUAUUCCAAAUUUGUCUCUUCGUAAGGCUCCCGAUGACUGUUUUACUGUUUUUUCUUUUAUCUGUGUCGUUCAUUUGGAGUCCUAAAGUUUAAAAAAGAGAAACGCAGACACCUUUACAGUGUGAUGCACAGCAGGAAGUAGUCAGUGAAGGCGGCUUUUUAAUUGAAGGCAUCAAAGUUCACUCACCUGAAUAUUAAUUCUUUGUAUUUGUUUAUGUUUUCGGGACAGAUGCAGUGUAACUGUGUGGGACUUUUUUUUUAUAUAAGACUUUCUUUUUUAUUCUUCUUUUUAUAUCAGUCAGUGAAAUCACGUUUACAUUUUAACCACUUUAUCCUGUUAUUAUGGUCGUAGGCACUAGAGGGCGAUGUUUCACUUCUUUUGUGGCUUCACGGCACAUCUUCAACAGCAGCUUUUGAUACUUCAGGGUAACAGAAACAGGAAAAACUAGCAAAUUAGGCAAAAAUGUUUAGAUUUUUUUGCCUGUGAAAGGCGUGAUGUGGAGGCCAGAGCGGACUCUGUCCACCACCUGAUCAGGCCAGGACUCGCGGAUUUGCUGGGAUCCCAAACGAAAAGAGAAACGCCAAAUGCUGCACACCUUCUCAGCUUCUGCUGUUUCGUCUUUCAGCUUGUUUUGGCAAACUCUCGUCAAGCCCGCGCUCCUUCAGAGAUGAUCUCGUCCUCUCGUUUACCUCCGCUUUGUGGAGCGCACUGCGUCGCGUAAGACGUAAGGUGAAAGUCACUAGCUGAUUCAUGUUCAACACAUUUUUCCUCCUUCUGAUUGUCAGCGUUAAAGGCUGUCUCAUUUUUUUAUUUUUUUGUAUCUCUUUUCUCUUGAAGUAAAAGAUUAAACAUUUAAUCUUGUUUUAUGUGUAUUUUUUUUUUUUCUAAGACAAAAUCUUUCAUAUCAGAUAAACAUAAAUCUCUUUGCUGCAGUAAAUCUACACGUUUGUGAUGCGACACAACUCCCAGCUCGCUAUUAUGGCUGCUGACUAGCCCAGGCAAGGACAGCUAAAAGCAAUAAUAGCUGCUCUCCCUCGAUGUAUGCUGUACUGUAUGUCAGAUCCUGCCUUGAUUUUAUUCGUGUAAGAGCCUUUACUACAGAGUAAUACAGUUCAGACGCACUUCAUUAUCCAGGAGGGGGAGGGAGGGAGGGAGGGGGGGUGUCAGGAUUUAAAUAACUCAUUUUUCUCGUGGAAGAAUUCCUGCAGGUUUUCUGAACAUUGCUGUUUGCUUGUUAGACUUCAGCUGCCUGCUCCUGCUCGUCGUUAUUCACCUGCUCUGUUUAUCAUCCUGUGAACACUGUAUAUUUGUUGGUGGAACAAAGCUCUGUGGAGGAUAUUUAAUUUACAAAUGAGGCACUGAGAGGCGCCAUCCUCAAUCGCAGAUUGACGCUGAAAGGUUAAAAACAAAGGCUUCGCAUUGUUAGUAGUUCCAGAGUCCCCUCUCUUUAUCGCCGCCUCCCAUGCCAUGCCUCUUGUUGUUUGUAACGCCAUAUGUUUUGCACAUUGUGUACAUAUUUAUAUAGAUGUAAUGCAUAUUUUUAUACAUGUGUAACAUCCAUGGGCUCUCUAUUUUGUAAAUACUCAAAAAGAUGUAUAUAAGUACUGUAUGCUUUUAUGUGUCAAUAAAAAUUUGGUGUACUGUGAAAA